AUGGAGUGGCACGCACGCGCACAAGACUCGUUCUUCUGCGCAUGCGCCAAAGUGGGAGGGUGUGAAGCGAAAGCUGCGCGUAAAUCUCGCGAUGGAAUACGGGAGCGUGAGGGAAGAGGAAGAAGCCGCGCUCGGCUUGGCGCUAGAGCGACUGCGCGGAGGGAGCGGCGCUGGGGGUUGGCUGGCGCGGUUGCUAGGUUACGGCUUGCCGUCGGGCGCGCGCGGAGUGGAGUUCGUGGAUGGGAGGCAACCGUUAAAUUAACGGGUCUCGUUAGCCCACUGCGCGUGCGCGCGGGGAAGGGUCAGGUAAGAGGAGCCGCGCGGGUUGGAGCGCGGAUGCGGGAGUGCCGACCCUCACGACCCCCGUACGUGGCAUGCCUCAGCCCCUUCCCCUCCUACGAUGGGCCCAAGUCCCCGCGUCACUCAGAAGGAGGCGGGGAAAUGGUGCAUGGAAUUUAAGGCUGAGGGUGGUGGGCGUCACGUGUGAACGCUCUCCUUCGCGACACGCGUCGUCGCAAAGUGCAAAAAAAGAGCGCCCAGUAACUCAGCUCUCCUCCAGGGAGUUUUUCUUUUAAAGGGGGAUGGGCUAAGGUUUGUUAAGGUUUCUGGGGAGUAAGGGACCGAGCUGCCCUUAGUAUGUUGUUGGGCCAUUUCUGGAUUAAUAAAAAAUAAAACACAACAUCAGGUUUGCUUUACAGAGGUUUUGCAAUCUCUUCAUGCCUGUAUUGCAGAUACCCACAACAUGUUUCUGUCGAAAUAGUGCUGGGGGGGGGGGUAGCUGCCACUCAUCAAUAAAAAUACUUAACUGAGGUUCUGCCCCCCCUCCCCCCAAAAAGCCUCCCCCCAACAAAAAUCCUGGCUAUACCCAUGAAACAGUGACUUGUAUCUUUUCAUCAAUUGCUAGUGUUGUGUUUAAGAUACUGUGUUCCGUGGUUUCACCCCCUAUUGUAAUUUCAUAUAUGUAAUCACAGAACUGCAGAGUUGGAAGGGGUCACGAGGGUCAUCCAGUCCAACCCCUUGUAGUGCUAGAAUCUUUGGCCCAACGUGCAGUUUGAACUCGUGACCCUGAAAUUAAGGGUUUCAAGCUCUACCAACUGACCUAUCCCAGAUUCAUGUCUUUUAUUUUCUUAAUCUCAACCACAUACGUCAAAGUUCUUUAGACUUUGCUCCAUCAUGAAAUGAUUCAUAGAUGAUCUCUUACCCAAAUAUUGACUAGGCCACAACACCCAUACAGUGGUGCCUCGCAAGACGAAAUUAGUUCGUUCCGCGAGUUUUGUCGUCUUGCGAUUUUUUCGUCUUACGAAGCACGGUGUCGGGAAAGUUUUGGAAAAGCUUCAAAAAUCACGAAAGUCUUUAAAAACCUCAAAAAAGGCUACCACACCGCGUUCUAUGAGUUGCUCCUUGAAGUCAAGUCGCAACUGUGUUAAGAAAAAGGAAACAAACUUGCAAGACGUUUCUGUCUUGCGAAGCAAGCCCAUAGGGAAAAUCGUCUUGCGAAGCAGCUCAAAAAACAAAAAACCCUUUCGUCUAGCGAGUUUUUUGUCCUGCGAGGCAUUCGUCUUGCGAGGUACCACUGUUGUUUUAGCAGGCUUGGUUCACCAUGAGCUUACAUUCCAUGCUCAAGGACUGCAGGCAGAUAAAUUGUAUUUUGAUCUUCUGGCUACUGGACAGGGCUGGCUUCUAAAUAAUGACAGUGGUACAUAUGCAUUUUAUUUUAUUUUAUUUUUAGUCCUACCUCCUACUGAAGACCUAAUUCUAAACACGCAUUUGAUUCCCUAGUUACUGUGUUGAAGAUAGCUGUUCUAAUGGGCAUAUUUACUCUGCAUAUAUGGCAUUAUGAUUCCAAUUAAAAAGCUAAAGAAAAUUCUUGUUUUAUUUAAAAUAUUUUUCUUUAUCCAUGACUUAAAAGUUCUCUUUUAAUACAGAGUACACAUUUAGAGGAUUCUAGUAUGUAAUAUAUGUUUGUUUCUAAAGAGAAAUUUGAAGAAAAGAGGAAAAAAUGGCAAGUAAUCACAAGCCUCCUACAGCCCGCCCGUCUUCAAGAGCAGGACUAGGCCUGGGAGCCAGACCUCCCUCAUCCUCACUACGGCCUCCAUCCGCAGCUCUACUUGGAGGAGGAGUAAGUUAAAAUAAAUCUUUUUAAAAACCUACUCUGUUUGACAAGUGAUACAGUUUCAUUGAAGAGUUUAUCUUCAUUUUCUGAUUCCUAAGCUAGAGCCUUUUCUCUCCAGUGCAGAUUACUUUGUUAUUGUCUCCGGACAUCAUAAUAUACACACUUUGUGGAUAUUGUUUAACAUAAGGGAUUGUGUAACACAAAGGGAUGAGUGUCUGCUCCAAGGAUUUUAUCAUCUAAAAGUAGCAGCUAAAAACCAGUCUAUUCUCACAGGUUUUUGGCAUUUUAUUUUUCUAUUUAUCUCCACUGCUUUUUGUGGCUCACACUCCCGUUCCUUUUCCUUUUAGUUUAUAAGCUUGUAGGCAGGGCUUCUGUGUUUGGGUGCUCGACGUGCUUAUUGAUAGCUUUAUCUUGUUAUUAAUUGCUACAACAGUGGAUUGGAUCCUAACAUGCGUGAUAGAAUCCUUAUGGUUAGUGGUAGUGAAUUGCAGCGGAGCUGAAGGGUUACUCUUUCUCCAGCACCAGCCACUUUAUCCCUUUUCAGGGUUUCAAAAUCACCUCCUUCUUGAAGCUGCUUUUACUUUACAAAAAGCUUGUGGGUCCUAUUAGGUAUAUGAGAGUCUUUAGGGUGAAGCUGUUAAAUUAGGACCUUUGAGACCAGGGUUCAGAUCCUCAAUCAGCUAUGAAACUUCACUGGCUGACCUUGGGCCACUCAUGCACUCUCAGUCUACCUCACAGGGUUAUUGUGAGGAUAAAAUGGGAAGGAGGACUUUUCACCACCUCAAGCUCCUAGGAAGAAAGGUGGAAUAUAAAUGUAACAAAAAAUGUGUGUGCCAUGUCAUUUGGUUUCAUUUAAAUCUCAAGACCUCGGCCAGCUUAUUGAUAAGUAGAUAGACUAGUUUUCUGAUCCUCAGAAUGACUGCAUUCAUUAUUUUUUCUACCGAUUCUGUUUUCGGUGUUAGAUCCCUCCAGGAACAUCAAGACCUGGUACACGUGGUGGAUCCAUAGGUACUGGUGUGGUUUUGUCCUCCCAGAUUAAGGUUGCAGACCGUCCAGUGACGCAGCAAGGGCUGAGUGGAAUGAAAACUGGAAUGAAAGGUAUUUUAAGAUAUGAAGGCAUACAAACAUUGAAUAAGUUAGUCUUGUGCCUGUGAUUAUAAGGGGAAACAGCAGUACACUUUACAGUGGCUUUGGCCUCAUAGAGACAUGAAAUGUGUCAGAACUUAGGACAAGGCAAAGCAAUUUUUUUUAAUCAAAGCUCCAUCCUGACGUAAGGGCAGAACUGAGCCAGCAUCUGUGAAAUCUCAGGUGGAACUUGGAAAGCUGGAAUAGCACCAGAAGCUUUAAACCUAGACAAGUCCUAUACUGUUCAGAGCAUAUGACAUUACAUCAUGGAUUAUUUAAGAGAAUUACAUUACAUUAUUUACAGAGGAUUUAUUUAUUUAUUUAUUUAUUUAAGCCUCUCUCUGUCUCUUUAUGGUGAUUUUACCACCUUGCAUGAAAACAACCACUGGAUUCUUUAGUAAUACAAUUGUUUCUCAUUGUACUGUGGUGUUGGGUAAUAAUUUGACACUUGUUAUUUGUUAGGUCCACAGAGACAAAUUAUGGAUAAAUCCUAUUACCUGGGAGUGCUCAGGUAUGUGGCAGUUAUUUGUCACCAGUGUUUGUGCUGUUUUUAUAUGAUUGUGUCAAGAGCUACUGCCUUAUUGGCAGUAAUUAAUUGGCUGUCAGCUUGAUCAUGCCUAGCUUGCAGUGUUUGGCAGGGACGAUAGAGGUUUCUUAGCUCAUGGCUCCUUAGCAAUCGCUUCUCGGCCUUUUGGCUAAGAUCAAGUGUAGCAGUAGCUCUUCCUCCUUUCAUAGUCCAGCCAGCCCAUUUUUCCUGCACUCAGCACAGGUAUAGAGGACUGGCCUAUGUUUUGUUUCACGCUUGUCUUAUCCCACUGCCUUCCCUACUGUUUGUCUGUACCAAAUGCAGGCCUUUCCUUCCAAUUAUUUCCUGUUUGCUGGAGUAGAUACUUGUGACCAAUGUCCAACUGACUUUCUUUGCUUUACUGGGAACCUCACUGCUUCUAGUCACCCAGCUGUGCUCCACACAAUCUGACUCGGAAUCAGCAUAGGGUUAAAACUACUUUUUGAAGUUGAGGUGAAAGAGAUUUGUGUGGAACUUUCUACCUUCAGAAGUGCUGACCAAAGGAAUGGUCAGGUCACUUAACAGAUUAAUACUUAACUGGCAAGUUGUCAAUAGCAGGUCAAGUAUAAACACAACUCUAAAAUAUUAGGGUUGGCUUCAGCUAAUGAGUCCGUUAGCAAAAGCCCACACAAGGACUUCCACUUGUGCGUUGGGGUUCCCACCUCCUCCCUUGCACCCCCCUUACAAAAAACCAAUCUGUUGUAGAAAACAACUAUACUGAUCACUAUGUAGCUAUUUUUAAAAUUGGAUUCAGCAUCUGAAGGCUCCUAAACAAACUCUACCUUGAGGAGUUGUGCUGCCUUGCAACUCAUUUGCCCACCUAAAGGAUAAAGUAGCAUAUGUAGUGCACAGAACUUGCACCCGUCAUCUUUUGGGGUAGUCCUCUUGCCUCCUCACUCUCUUCCCAGAGUGACCUUCCCAAAAAACCACUAGAUACUGAGCAGAGUUUUAGCAUUAUGUGGGCCUUUAGAAAUGUAUUGUAUAAAUUGACUAGGCUGCACUGGGCCAUAAAGAUUAAACCAGACACCCUUUUUAUUAAUAGCUUUUGAUUGGAUUGAAGAAACAAAAACAAAGACAGUCAUACAAUGCAAAGAAAAUUGUAAUUCAUCAAGACGUGUUCUCUGUGUACAACUGAUGAGGCGGGGGGGGAAUGUCUGGUAGUCCAAACCAACCCAUUUGAGCAAAUAGAUUUGUAUCAAGAGUCCAGAUAUCAAGGAAUUCGCCAUCUUUCUCGUGUUUAUGGAAGAUCACCUUCUCAUAUGCUGCCAGCUGAGUCAUGUUCUCUGCCCACUGUAGGAUUAGGGACUGAUGAACUAGACAUUUAUCCAGUACUGAUGAACUAGACAUUUAUCCACCAUAGGUGCCCUUAGAAGCCAGUUAAAUUGUCCCUCUGUCAGGUUCCAAAGGACUGGUGCAUAAUUCAAUAAAUCACCGAAACGUGCAAAUCUGAAGAGGUGUCCAAAACCAUAUUUAUGUGGCAGAUGACCUCUGACUCAAAGCCUGUGGCUUUAAAACAGGCCUAAAUUAUACUUAACAUAAGAACUAUUUUUUUCCUACAGGAGCAAAAUAAAUGAACUCACCGCAGAAAUUAACAAGCUUCAGAAAGAAAUCGACAUGUAUAACCAGGAGAAUUCUGUCUACCUAUCUUAUGAAAAAAGGUGAGAUAGAUUACACUUAUUGUCAUAGUAUUGUAGAGUUGGAAGGGACCCUGAGGGUCUUUAAAAACUUUUGUGUUAAUUAAAGUCAGUGGAAUCAUGUACACAAGUAAAUUUGGAUUUGAAACAGCAAGCUUGCAACUUAUGUAGGGUUUACGUUCCAAGGAUCAUGCCUAAAGUCAAAAUUACAUAUACAGUGGUACCUCGUUUUGAGUCUGCCUCGUCAAGCGUCCAUUUUGUUGAAUGUCUGUGGCAAACCCAGAAGUACAAGAACAGGUUACUUCCAGGUUUGUCGCAUGCACAGAAGAACUAAAUUGCACUUCGUGCAUGAGCAAAAGCACAAACGGCUCCACAUGCAUGCGCAGAGUGGCACUUUGUCGUGUGUCAUUUUUGUCUAGUGUCCAGGGCUCCGGAACAGAUCCCAGUCGCAAAACAAGGUACGACUGUCGUCAGAACACAUUGGGUUCAAUGGCAGGUGGGAUUGCCAAAGUCUUUUUUCCUGGAUGUCUGCCCCUAUUUAUUUAUUUAUUUGCCCAGCACAUAAAGCUUCAUGCAUGCAAGUUAAAUACAUGUAAGUUGCAGGCUUACUGUAUGUUAAAACUUGAGACUUGCUUUGAUUACAUUUUAUCACAUAAGCUAUGUUGUAUAGUAACUAUUCUUUUCCUGUUCUCUUAGGGCAGAGUCUUUAGCUAGUGAGAUCAAAGAGUUUCAAGGACAACUAGCUGAUUACAAUAUGGUAUGUUAUUGUUUAUAUUGCUAAUAUUUAUAUAUAUAUUACAUUGAAAAUACUGGAUCUAAUUUUGAAUUGCAAUUGUAUACCUAUUGGGAAUAAAACUAGCAAUUAAUUGGGUUUCUGUGUUGUUUUAGCUGGUGGAUAAACUUAAUACCAAUACCGAUAUGGAGGAAGUAAUGAAUGACUAUAACCUGGUGAGUAUUAACAUUGUUUUGUAACAGUAUUAGUUUUGCCUGAUUUGGUUAUUGUUCAACUUGGACUGCUGCUAACCAGUGAUGCUCAGUAGCUGCUGGAAAAUGUUUGAAAACAAUUGUAAUUGGUUCUCAGGAUGAGUGUAACUGCAUAUACUGUUGACCCAAAUACAUAUGCAGAGUGACAUUUCAAAGUAGCAUCUUAGUUAAUAGAAGGAAAUAUAAAAAGCCACAAUUCUUCCAAACAUUGGAUCACAAUAGAAAGGACCUACACAAUUUAAAUUUUCAAUUAAGUGGUAGUCCAAACGGAACAUUAAAAAAAUUUUUUUUUUUACCAGUGAAAUGAGUAGUUGAUACUAGCACAUGGAAAUUUUACUGAUCAACUGUUUGGGAGAGGGGAGCAAGAGCUGGUUUUAAACCGCCAUCCCCACCCUCCAAAGGACCCCUUCCUGCAAAACAUCUUAUCAGUGAGAUGCUUGCAAUUUAUUUGAAAUUACUUGUGCUUGCAACUACAUCUGUUGCAGUCAGCAUCUGUAACUUCAAAUUUGCCUGUGGCAUACCUUGCUGUCAUUACAGCGCAGUACCUGGCAAGGAUCUUUUUAUUUCCCCGGGUUGUUCAAUCCUCUAAAAAUUGCUGUUGUGGUGUUUGGUGUUUUUAAUCCUGCUGACUGCUUUUAAAGUGCUCUUUUACUUUGUAAUGUUUUAAUGUUAUCGUUUUAAAGUUUGUUUUAUUUUUUGUUGGCUGCUCUGAGAACCUGUUAAAAGGUGGGAUAGAAAUCAAAUAAAUAAAAAUAAGUAAAUUAAUAUUUGUGGAGAUCUGAUACUUCAUUCAGCUAUGCCAGGUGUGGGGAACCUUUAGCCUGCCAUAUGUUUCUGAACUUCAAAUCCUAUCAUCUCUCUCUACUGACAGUCUUGCUGAGGCUAAUGGGAGUUUUGUAGUUCAGCAGCAUCUGCAGCACCAAAGCAGCCCCUGAGCUAUAUAAACCUUUUACCUAUAGACACAUUCCAACCAUUAUGCAUGUAAAUUAGUACAGACGCAUUUGAAACGGCCCUUAAUUCUGAUUUAUGUUCCAUGUCUCAAACAUAUUUUUAGGAUCAUGUUGUAUUUCUUGAAAAUCAUUUUAAGACUGAUCUAUGGUGUAUAAGCUAUAAUAGCAAAUUCAAUUGAAUUAAAGACAUUGGCUCUAGAAACGGGAAAUUUAUUUGCUGUAGAUAUAGCAGAGCUAUUCUCAUGCUGUUGGUGGCUGUGUCUUUUUAAUAGUUGAAGGCUCAAAAUGACCGUGAAGCUCAGGGCAUAGACAUCAUUUUUACAGAAAGACAAGCGUAAGUAUAUGAAUUUUUAAAAACGAAACUGGAAAAUAAACCAAUGCAUAGAAAUGUUCUGUAUUCUGUUAUAAUGCCAUUCAUAAACCCCUGACACUUGUCUGGUCUUUGUACUCAAGCAGUAGCAGGUGUGUGCUGACCUUUCACACUUUAGGUUAUUAUUAUUUAUUGACUUUAUAUACUGCCCUAUACAGUACCUGGAGGUCUCGGGUCGGUUCACAGAAAAGAUCAACAUAAAAACCACAGUAUAUAUAAUCAAAAUAAAAACAACAACCCAAUAACAUCCCUCCCCCCCAAAAAAGAGCCACGUUUUAAAAGGGCAUAGGAUGUCAAUCAGAUCAACCCAAGGCCUGGUUAAAAAGGAACAGGAGCCACUACCACGAAGGCCCUCUACCUGAUUCUCUGUAACCACUUAUCGCAGUGAGGGAACUGCCAGAAGGCCCUCGGAGGAGGACCUCAGUUUCCGGGCUGAACAAUGGGGUUGGAGAUGCUCCUUCAGGUGUACUGGGCCGAGGCUGUUUAGGGCUUUAAAGGUCAUCACGAACACUUUGAAUUGUACUCAGAAACGUGCUGGGAGCCAGUGUAGGUCUUUCAGGAGCGGUGUUAUAUGGUCUUGGCAGCCACUCCCAGUAACCAGUCUAGCUGCUGCUUUUAAGGGUUUAGAGAUCAAAACCAGCACUUUGAAUUGGGCCCAGAAACUAAUUGGCAGGUGGGCCAGGAUUGACAUUGUAUUCUCAAACUGUCUUCCCCACUGAGCAACCUGUCUGCCAAAUUCUGCACCAGCUGAAGUUUCUCAAUGCGGUCACCACUUGUAAUGUGUUACAGUAAUCUAAACUAGAGGCUAUCAGAGCAUAGACAACAGAAGUUAGGCUAUCCCUGUCCAGACAAGGACACAGCUGGUCCACCAGUUGAAGUUGAUGGAAGGCACUUGGUGCCACAGAGGCAGCCUGAAUCUCAAGCGUAGCAAAGGAUCCAGGAGUACUCCCAAGCUACAUACACGCACCUUCAGAGGAAGUGUAACCCCAUCAAGAGCAGGCAGCGUCCCAGCCAUCCAGUCUAGGGAACCCCCACUAACAGUGCCUCAGUCUUAUCUAGAUUGAGCUUCUGUUUAUUAGCUCUUGUCCAGACCAUUGCUGGUGCAAGACAAUGGUCCAGGGCAUCCACACCAGCCCCCUACUCAGUGAUUUCAUGUAGAUGUUAAACAGCAUAAGGGGUAAAAUGUACAACAAAGCAAGUCAGUUUUAAAUAAAUAAAAAUUCAGCUCACCAUCACAAACCCCAGAAGUAGCAUAUAGGAUAAAAGAUUUAAUUUAACAUUGAACCCCGAGGAACCUCAAAUUGAAGGCUCCAAGGGGCCAAAGAACACUCCUCAAACAUCAGCCUCUGGAAACAACCAUCCAAGUAGGACUAAAACCAGCGCUGCGUGGUGCCACCCACCCCUAAUGCAGACAGCCACUCCAGAAGGGUACCCAUGGUAUCAACCUGUUUUUCUGAUUUUUUGUUCAUUUUAAAGUGCAAACAAGCAUUUUUAUUUAAUUUAUUUAUCUUAUAUCGGUCAUAGUUGUAUAGUGCAACAAAAGCGAAACUUAGUUUCUGUUAAUUAGAAUUAUUUUAAUUAAUUACAUAUUUCUGGAUGUUCAGACACAGAAGAUGUUAUUUCUUCUUCAUUGAUGAUCGGAUUCUAAACUCCAGAGGAUGCCUCCUUAAUGAUUUGUGUAAUGACUUCCUUAGCAUGCCAGACCCUUGUUUUGCCUGUUUUUAAAUAUACAGCCGUUCUUUGGAAGUCGAACAGAAUUCAUUCUGGAAGUCGGUUCGACUUCUGAAACGUUUGGAAACCAAGGCACAGCUUCCAGUUGAUUUCCGAUUGUGCAGGUGUGCCGGAAACAAUAGCAGAUGCCGCACCGGACAUUUGGCUUCCAAAAAAAGUUUGAAAACUGGAAGACUCACUUCCGGUUUUUGAUCAUUCGGGAACCGGAACGUUCAAGUCCCAAGGCGUUUGGGAGCCGAGGUACGACUGUAUAGGGCUAUAUUUCUCUUUCAGGUACCCAAGCAAAAUGCCCUGAUUUACAUACAAAAAAACCUUUGAUCCUCCAACACCAUUUCACCAAUAGUGGUUUUCUGUAAUGAUGCCAAGAUUAAAUAGUGCAUAUUUUGAUUAAUCACAAGCAGCAACAGUUUGGUUUUUUUAGCCCAUUGCUUUAUAAAGCUACAGAUAUGACAGCCCUUAGCACAUAUUUCAGAAUGGGGCAGAGAGAUUCAGACGGCAACAUUCAUAGUAACUCUUCAUGUAUCAAUAUAUUUGUCUUCAAUAAAUCCAUCUUCUUCUGGAACAAAUGUAUGAAAUUGUUCAAAAACCACAACCGAUUCUUCUUCAUUGGUACCUGGUGUAUGUGGGAAUGCGCAGUUAUGAGAUGUGAAAGUUUCUUCAAACAUCUCUGGUUCGUCUUCCUCCAAACGACUAUGAUUAUAGCUAAUCAAAUAACGGUACCAUACUGGGAAUUUGAUGACCAUUCCAAUCAGCAGUGAAAUGCUGAUAACAACAACCAGGACACCAAUCAGAAAGGUCCAACUUUUGCCAGGACGAUGAACAUCUACACCUUAAAAUAAAUCAAGCAUCGUUUUAGUACUUUUCAGUAUAAAUACAACUCUUACUCCAUUUUCCCUCAUAAGGUUACCUUUCAGAAGUUAUCAAGUAACUUCCCUCUCUCCAUAGAAAAAUAAAGGGUUGGAGCUAGACUCCUUCCAUUCACAGAAGUGAGUUAAAUCCAGCAGAGGUUCCCACUCUGCAAAUUGCCUGCUUCUGUGGGCAGAAGGGGUAUAGGUGAUUUUUGCAAAAUCCCACCCCCACUGCAACCCCUGGUACCACCCCCUAUUCUGUUUCUCAGGGUUCCCUAACCUUCCAUAUCAGCUUUUCAGAGGUAAAAAGAGCUGCAGGGAAAAAAGAAUAUGCAAAAGUCACUUUGCACUUCAAUCCACUGGAGAAUCAAGUUUGUGGUUUUGCAAUUCCCACACCUGUGACGCCAACACAUCAUCUUUAGGACAUUUGACUAUUAGCCUUUUAAAAGCAGUGUUUUAGUAAAGUUUGGCACUUGACUGAACAUGUUUCAGUAGUUGCUCUGUUAAAGAGUCCUGAAGGCAUCUGUCAUUAACAUAAUUGUGGGAAUUCAACUGGUACAGUUAAAUGGACAUUGUGCUGUGUGCUUGGAUCCCAGGUACCUGCCUCCUUCCAGGUCUAGCUAUGCCUGUUUGUCUGUGACUAGUGACCCCAGAUAGGCAUAUUCAUCCAAAUCAGUGGAAGAAUUCAUCAAGGUUAAUGAGGCCCUGGGCAAGUAUCUUGAAUUAGAUCAGCUGAGCUCUAGCUGUACCAGAAACAAGUUUAACAAAAGAAUUUGAACUUUGUGCUCCCAAUAACGCAUGACUGUCUGGGUUAAUCUGACGUUUACCACUAUGUAUAAAAAACUAGAAAAGGCUAUAUUGCAAUAUAUAGUCAGCAUAACUUUCAGCAUAUUACUUGUUUUAAAAGACCAUUCAAAAGCUAUUUUGGUACUACAUCUAAUAUUAUUAUCAAUAUAUAUGCUAAAUAUUCUAAUUUAUAUGAGGAUAGCAUAGAGACUGGAGUCUAUAAACCAAGCCAAGGACUGGCUCCUUGUUGAAUUUUUGCUUAAAAUACACAAGGCUGUGCAAGUUCUUCUUCCUGAGAAAUGUAAAGGAAAUGGUGGAGCUGCUCUUAACAAUGUUUAAGGAAAAGAAUGCACAGUUAUAAGUUUGAUAUAAUGGCAGAAGAGGAGGGGAGCAACCUUUACCAAUUGCCCGUUCACCUUGCAGACCUUUGCACCCUAUGAAAAUUGGCUGGAGAGGGUAGGGGGAUUGUGGGAAGACUACAGAACGGGUGGGGAUUGGGCAAAAAUAAUGUUCUUCCUUCCACCAGCAGGAUUCCUCUGCUGGAUCAAAAGCUAUCCAUGAACAGAGGGAGCCCUACUUUUAGCAGACAGCUAAAUUUGGAUUCAAUACGCAUUUGCUUUAAAUUCUGUAUCAGUGCACUAAAUGAUCUUUAGUAUUGUUUUUGAAAUGCAUGGCUUCUAUAGCCAUAUGGGCGCUGCCGGUAAAUUAAAUGGAAAUAUACCUGACUUUAGUGCUUUUCUAUUUGUACCAUUAUGCAGAGAUAGACUAUCAUUAGUUGGAUUAAGAGAAGUGAAAGAUAAGGUGGUUGCUUCAGUCGUCAUCUCUCUUUUCUCACAGUCAGCUAUAAUUGCUGUCUUGAUAGGUUGUUCUUUCAGGCUUCUUGGAGACGUACACACAGUACCGUUCUCAUUUUCUGUAAAUAUAAACAUUUCAAAAAGAUUAAAGUUUUUGGUCUGCGCUGCCCUCAAAAACAAUUUCAGACAGUAUAGUUUAGAACUUUAAAAAUAAUCCAUGAAACCAUCUAGUGUUAUAGGGUUGCCAGAGGCAAAUAUAUUAUUUCCAACAAUUAUUCAUUCCAUGAAAAUAUUCCUGGGCAUAAAAUAUAUGAAUAUAUUCAGUAUCACCUAUAAUACUCUCAGGCAGGUUUGACUGUGCUAGUCAUCUGUUUAAUAGGAGUCUUAAGGCUGGGAGCAAGUUGCAUUGAACUCAGUGGGAAUAAUUCUUAGUAGGUGCAUAUAGGAUAGCACUGUUAUUUUUUUUCUGAAACCACGUUACUUAGCACAUUUCUAGUUCAUAGGGCAAACACCUCUUUUCCUAUACAAAAUCUGUUGGAUGAAUAGGCAAUUUUCAGACAUGACCUUUUCAAAUACCAACUUAAUGUAUGUGCUCGACAUUUAGUUCAUAUUUUAUCUUUUCGGUGUGCUUUUUAUUGACAACUCCUUUUAGCAUUUUUGGCUCUCAGUCUAAAGGAAUCCUUAUCUCAAAAAUAAAAGAUGUGAGGAUAGCUAAAUUCAUACAUCAAUGGAGUACACUUAGUCCUCCUGAAAUGGAAAUCGUAUAGAUUAAAACACCAAUACAUUUUUUGAUACUUACCCAUGGUUACUUUAGCGGCCUUCAGCCAACUCUGUAAACUAAGGAGGUCACAUGAACAAUUCCAUGGAUUUCCAAUUAAUGUGAUUUUGGUUAAAUUAAGGGAUACAGUUGCAUCAAAAUAUCUCAAAAGGUUAUUUUUUAGGUUUAAGACAACCAAGCUCUUUAGCAAUACAAACACACUGGAAUCUAAUUGCACAAUUUUGUUAUUCUGUAGGUGCAAAAUCUUUAGUUUAUUUAAACCAGCAAAUGCUGCUUGUUCAACUGUACUGAUAGAAUUAUUGCUGACAUCUAGAACUGCUAAUUUUGAAAGUUUGUCAAAAGUAAAAUUACGGAGAAUAGAAAUGGAAUUGUUGCUUAGGUAUAAUUCUGUAAUAUUCAUGUACUUUUGAAGAUUUGUGGUAUCACUUUCAUUUAAAGUGAUGCUGUUGUAACUGAGAACUAGUAUAGAAACAUUUUUGUUUAGGCCAGGAGGAACAGAAGUAUAGUUUUUUGCUGCUUCCUCGCACUUAACCUGUUAAACAAAGAGAGAGAAAAUGUUACAAAUACAGAUUGGGGAAGAUUACCAGGAUAAAACAGAUAAUAUGUUCAUCAAGCUCUCAUAUAUAGGGAUAUGAAAACUUUUCUAAAAUAUAUUGAUGUUAUUGUUUGUUGUAAAGGAAAAUUCUGCCCAGCUAAUCUUCAGAAAGAAAAUCAGAACAAGUGACAUUGCAAAACACAAUCCUAUAACAACAUUGAAAGUGUAUCAUCAAUAUAGAAACAAAAGCAGCAGCACAAAACAGCUAUAUAACCAUAAAUAAAGCUACAGCUGUUCAGAUUUGUGGUCCUUCAUAUUAGAGUCAGCUAUAUGAUCAAUAUGUGAAAGAAAAUGUCCAGAAAAAGUAGUUCAGGCUGUAGGAAAACAGGCCUGCUCCUUUUUUGUUGAAAUCUUGGGGCUCAAAUAAAAAAUGUUGGAGUUAAACUCUUUUCUACAGUAGAAUAUUGAGCAUAGAAAUCUGAAAUAACUGAAUCAUUCAGGACUGAAUAUAAAUGCUUUGGCAGAGAGUUGUAGGGCUAAAGGGAACUUUUAUUAAAAAAAAGACCAUCUAUUUCCCCACCUCGCUUAAUGCAAGGCACAUCCCAUACCAGCCUACAAGGACCAGAACAAAACUCAUGGAAUAUUUCUUCUUGGUGUUAAGAAGGGAGUACCAUGAAAUAACUACCGUAUUUUGCAGGUGAUGAGAAUCAUAAUAUGAUUGGUUAGGCACUGUAUUCUGUGUGUUUUGGAUCCUUCACAUACUCUACUCUAUCAUAUAUAUUAUUGGCAUCCAUCUGUCUCGAAAGACAAUGGAGUUCGCCUCCAGGGGUGAAGUCAAAUCACCACGUUAGCUGCACCCAAGUGACCUCCCCAGGGCGCAAGUCUGGGCAGUGUGUAUGGUAUUCCUGGACUGCUCAGACGACCAGACCUUGCUGGUGUGGUCCAAAGGAAAUCAUAGCAAUAUGUUUGUCACCAGCUUGGUGGCAGGAGUUGCUGGAAGGAAGUACCAUCCAACCGUCUUAGGGACUGCACUCCGGAUUUGUGUAGGGUUUACCCACAAACCUUUCCUUCUGAAGAUAUCCCGCAAAGCAACGAAGGUCCUAUCAUCUAUAUGAAUGUGAUAAUUUCUGCCACCCCACCCCAAAAGAGGAGUUAAAAUAGCCUUAGGCUGCAGUCUUAAGUACGCAUAGGAGUCAACCACAUUGAACACAAUGUGGCUUUCUUCAUAGAACACAUGUAAAGGAUCGAGCUGUUAACAGCUUUAUAGGAAAAGUAGCCAAGUAGCUUGAUUCGGUUAUGAAGCUUACCAUUUGAGAAGCAGCAACUGGAUGUAAAAAGAGAGCUGCAACCAGUGUCAGGAGCCAAGCAAGCUUCAUAUUCUGAACCUGUAGGUACACGUUAUCACUUGAAUAGUAUUGAAGCUCAAUUUGAUGAUGAAAAAGAAGUUCACAAAGAGCAUCAUAGUUGUGAUUGCAAAGCCAAGUGAAUCAACAGGAUUUGUAGAACUGAGUAAAAUAUGGAAAUGUAAACUAUAUAUCAUUCGUGCUAUGAAAUCAGGCCUUUGUCAUCUGUCAAUGUUCAAGAAAUUAUUUCACCUAGUGUUCUUUUUUUAAAAAAAAAUUAUUAAAAUUUACAAUUUAAUAUUCAACACAUUUAUCAUAUAAAAGAAAAUAGAAUGAAAGAAAACUCCCCCCACCCUGUGACUUCCCUCAACUUCUCCUUCUGGUUCUUUAACAAUUUGCUACUUCUGCUUAAAUUUUCUCAUAUUUUUCAUCUUUUAGCUGAAUGCUCUUACAUUCUUAUCAUUUUUAUACCAAAUUUUCUUUCAGUUACUUCUUACAUUUAAUUAAUUUCCAUAUUGUUGUUUCUUAACCUUUACUCUUGUUUUCUUAAUUGUAAGUGUUUUACUCAAACCCUGCUAGUGAGUCCAUUUCUUUACAAUAUUUCUGUAAAUACAUCAUGAACGAUUCCCAGUCUUUUUUAAAUCUCUAUUGUCUUUGUCUGGUUCACCUAGUGUUCUGAUACUUUAAAAACGACAUAGCUGUGCUAUACUAUCGCUAUAGCUGUUACCAAAUAUUAAAGAAAGAAACUGCAACAGCUAUACAGUACUUCAGAUACUUAGAAUAUUUCUUCCUGCCCAUCCUCCCUCCAGAGUUCUGAAAUGGCGCCACUGAUCAAGGCUACACAAGACAUGAGCCAUAUCUAUUGCACUGGUGCGAACUGCUUGACCCUUCCCUAUAGGGAAAAGUUUGCAAAUCUCAAAAGAUAGAGAAAAGCACAGCCAGCAGUAUCUAGAAACAUUGGAGCACCCAAACAAGUAAUAUCAAUAACCUCGCAAAACCCACACAAAAGUUGUAGUGUCUCUUGUGAAAACUUCCUCCUUUUAGUCCAUGUAUAUAUGUAUUAAAAUCAAGUAAAAUUCUUCAGGAAUUAACAUUUAUUUCUGAAGUGUUCCAUUAAAGGCCCUCCGUUAUUUAAGAAGAAUAAAACGGGCAGCUUCCCUGUUUAAACUGAGGGGAAACAUUUGAAAAAUAUUUUCCAAGCUUCCAAAGAUGUCCUCUUGCAAAGCCAUCGAGUGAAUUCAUACAGCUUUGAACCAAUAUAAUAUUUAAACUGUAAUCUUAAUAGUUGGAUUGUGAAACAAUGUAUUUUAUUAUACAUUUGUUAAUAAAACAAACAUCUAUACGUUUGAUAAUACUAGCAGUUUACCCAAUCACUUACCUUCUUAUUUUUUCUCUGGAACAUCAUAUACAUGUUUGCGUGUAUCCUUGUGGAUUAAAAAAAGAAGAGUACAAUGUGAACUUCACUUGGCUUCAACCUUUGUACCCUAUUAGCAAGCACGUCGUUUAAAAUAAGGAACUUCAGGAUGCCUUUAGCAAAAGAUUGACUUGGGUUCAUAUGUGACUUAAUAGACUUGCAGCCAAUAAGGAAGUUUUAGAAUAUGAUCAGGUAUCAUGUUUAUGACAUGAAGUGAGGGCGAAAGAGCAAGUUUACCCACGGUUAGAGUUUCCAAUAAAACAUGAUUGUAUUGGAAACAGAGAGCCAUGGGUAGAAGUUUAUUUUUUAGUGGGGUACAGUUACCAAACAUCAGACAUUAUAAAUAUACAAAGUGCAUAUUAAAAACGACUGCUAAAAGCCUUUGCAGUUGUUAACAUGCUGAUCAGGGUGGAGGUUAGGUAUAAGUUACAUUCAAAGAAUUAAAAAUCACCUUUAACUUUUAUAUGUCACAUGUAUCAUUAAGUCAAAACCAGUGAGAGGAGAAGGCACUAAACAUUUUGGAUCAGUUCUGAUUCAGCUGUGACUAUAGUUGCUCUGAUUCCAGUUUAGGCUAACAAAGAUUCAGUAACCUAUUUGACACCCGUGUGCCGGUUCAUCACCAGUUCACAUGAGAAAGUAUAAAUAUUCAUAUUACGAUAGUGAUUUGCCUAUGUGAUAGAGUGGGUGUGAUCAUUGUGAUAUUGUGCCCUAAUCUUCCUAUAUGAUAGUUUUAUCUUUCGGCAAUGACUUUGGCUAGAUUAAGUGAAUAAAUACAGUUGUACCUCAGAAAUCAAACGGAAUCUGUUCCAGAAGUCUGUUCGACUUCCAAAACAUUCGGAAACCAAGGCAUGGCUUCCGAUUGGCUGCAGGAAGCUCCGGAAGCCAAUCAGAAGCCGCGUUAGACGUUCAGCUUCCAAAGAACAUUCGCAAACUGGAACACUCACUUCCAGGUUUACAGCGUUCGGGUGCCAAAACGUUCGAGUAGCAAGGCAUUCGUCAACCAAGGUACUACUGUAAUAUGAUACUUAAUAGAGCAAUUCUUUAAUGUCUGCUCAGAAGUAAGGCCCAUUAACUUCCAUGGGGCCCAAUCUCAGGUAAGCCAGUAUCCUAAAUGUGUUAGAGUGCUAAUAGCUGAGAAGGAACACAGAGGAAAUACGGCUGAUAACGUAAUAUGGAAAGAUGUAGUGUGAUGGAAAAAAUAUGAAGAGCAAUUUUUACCAAACUGAUCCUGUUGCUCACAUCGCUGCUGCUGCUGCUGCUGCUUGCCAGAUUGUUUCUUUCUCUCUCUCUCUCUCUCUCUCUCUCUCUCUCUCAUAUUUUAAUGCUUUUAAUGCCACCCAAACUUGGAUACUCAGAGCUUGCAGUUCUGUACAGUGCCAUAGGCCUUACCAGCACAGGUAUACAGACCGGGAUUUUCCCCAGGAAGAAUGUGCAUGCUUCACUUAGCUCAAAGGUUAGGGAGAAGGUUUCAGUAACAGCUGUAGAGAGUAGCCAAGCUACUGCAUGAGGGUCAGGGCACUCUCACCCUUCCCCUGCCAAGCUGUUUCCCCUCAUAAUCUUCAAUAGUAAAUUUCAGCCUUAAAGCUUCCUGCAGCUUCCCAACCCUUAGAGAAGGCACAGUACAAAUGUUUUCCGCAAGCCCAACAUAUAUAACUUCCUUCAAGAUAGUGUAUCUGAAGAAGUGUGCAUGCACACAGAAGCUCAUACCAAUAACAAACUUAGUUGGUCUCUAAGGUGCUACUGGAAGGAAUUUUUUUUAUUUUGUUCCUUCAAGGCAGGAGUUCAUGUGCUCAAGCUAGCCUUAUUUACAUAAGCACUGGCGCACGACAGAGGGAGGGGUCAGACUCACACCCACAAUCCCCACUCCUGCCCUCUUCAGUUCUCUCUCUUUCUGAGAUCUAGUAUCUUGCAAAAUGCAAAUUAAAUGGAGAAGGCUUAUGCCCCUACAAAGUGUGCCUGUGGGCUCUGUUCAGAAGCAUAAUGCAGAAAAGGGUUGGAAGCAGAGAUGGUGAGCAUAAACCUGGAUCCCCUUUGACACAUUCACUGGGCUUGCACUCUUUAUAAAGAUUUGAGGAUUGAUAUUAUUGCCCCUCUAUUAUUGUGCAUGCCAAGUUGUUCAACCAUUGCCACUGUGUCCUUUCUUUUAGCAGAUCAAUAUGAUCAGAUGACAGCAAAAAUUGCAAUGUUUUUAGCGGGGCAAUUGAUGUAAACCCCCAAAAUGUAUUUUCUAUAGUUAAGUUUUUACCUCUUUCUUCAGUACAUUUUAUUGCAUUGCAUUGCAUUGCUGUGGCUAGUAAAGGUAAAGGGGACCCCUGGCCAUUAGGUCCAGUUGUGACCAACUCUGGGGUUGCGGUGCUCAUCUCGCUUUAUUGGCCGAGGGAGCCGACGUACAGCUUCCGGGUCAUGUGGCCAGCAUGACUAAGCCACUUCUGGCAAACCAGAGCAGCACACGGAAACGCCGUUUACCUUCCCGCUGGAGUGAUACCUAUUUAUCUGCUUGCACUUUGACGUGCUUUCGAACUGCUAGGUUGGCAGGAGCUGGGACCCAGCAACGGGGGCUCACCGCAUCAUGGGGAUUCGAACUGCUGACCUUCUGAUCGGCAAGCCCUAGGCUCUGUGGUUUAAUCCACAGCACCACACGCAUCCCAUGCUGUGGCUAGUAGCUGAUGCAAAUAAAGAUGCUUCUGAUUCAUUCACUGGUCAUGUGAAUUGGACUGUUGUUUGGGACCAGAGAGUGUACUGGUCUAAAAUGCCAUAUAUAUAAAAUCAGUGACCUGUUGUUGUUUGUUGUGGUGAUGGUUCUGUUCUGGUUUGAGCUCAAACAAAAUCUUUUAAUUGAUGAUUGAGCUUCUCAUCUAUUUGUGGGGCAGGGAGCAAAGUAAGCAUUUGAUUCAGAUUUAGUUUAACUCUGACACUUUGGUUUUGAUCAGCCUACAGGCUAAAUAGGAAAGUACUUAUGCUUUUCCUCCCUGGAAUUUUUCAGCAGAUGGGAGUUGAAGUAAUUUCCUUGUUUCUGGUACUCAUCUGGUAGUAACAGAUGAGAAAAUGGGCAGUGGCAGCAGUGGUUAGGAGAAAGGGAAAUGGUGUUCUCUCCAUGUUUCUUUAGCACCUGUCAGAACCAAAUGCUAGUAGAGCAAGCUGAGUACUUCUGUGUAAAUCACAGAUUUGAAUAACCUUUUUUAAAAAAUGAAACAGAUUUACAAAAUAUUUGCUUUUGUGAUGCAGCAAAGAAAAUCUCAUUCAAGCUGUGGAAGAUGACAUCCAGCAGGAAAAGCAGGCGGCGGAAAACAUAGUCAAAAAUAUGUCUGAAGAGGAUCAAGCUAAAUACAUGGAGAUGAAAGUGGCAAAUGAAAAGCUCUUGCAGGUGACGCUUUCAUGUCUGAACUACAUCUUGAUGAGCCCCAGCACAAUCAAUAAAGCAUUGAUAAAUGAAAAAGAACUCCUGUAGUGGAAAUCCAACAGCGGAAAUCCAAAAGCUGAAAUCCUUUUAUGUAGGAUAGCAUGAUCUUGACUAAGCUGUCAACUCCCCAUAUUUUUUGGAGGGGUCCAUUUUCUAUGCACGUAGCCUCUAGUAGCUUUCAUUAACCAAACACGCCGGUCCUGCUUUCCAAACACAGUGUGUUCCUAGGAAAUUGUUCGUUAAGCGAGCUUUCGCUUUAUGAGCUGGUGAUUUCCAGUAUUUCCUAUACAGUGGUGCCUCGCAAGACGAAAUUAAUCCGUUCCGCAAGUCUCUUCGUCUAGCGGUUUUUUCAUCUUGCGAAGCAACCCUAUUAGCGGAUUAGCGCUAUUAGCAGUUUAGUGGCUAUUAAAGGCUUAGCAGCUUAGCAGCUAAAAGGCUAUUAGCGGCUUAGUGGCUUAGAAAAAGGGGGGGGGGGGGAGCGGAAAAAAUCUCAAGACUUGCAAGACAUUUUCAUCUUGCGAAGCAAGCCCAUAGGGAAAUUCGUCCUGCGAAGCGCAUUGAAAAACGGAAAACCCUUUCGUCUAGCGGGUUUUUCGUCUUGCGAGGCAUUCGUCUUGCGGGGCACCACUGUAUGAACAUUUCUGUUCCAUGAUUUGUCCUUUCUCUCUCCCUCCCUCUUCCACUGCCUCCUGCAGUUUGACCAAACAGGCAGUGGAAGACAGGAGUGCUUGGCGUGCUCUGGUCCAAUAGGGUCACGAAGAGUCGGACACGACUCAUCGACUAAACAACUCUCCCUCCUUGGUUUCUGCCUGAGACUACUGCCAAACAAAAGAAAAACCGAAUUGUCUGAUCCUUCCUGCUCCCUCAUUUGUCUGAUCUUUUCUGCUCCUUGAUGUGCCCUAUCUCUGUCCCUCACUCCAUGGUUUCUGCCCAAAAUGCUGCCACCGCCAAGAUAAACACAAGGAACUGGACAAACUCCAGCUGUUUGGAUAUCUGAACCAGUCUUUCAUUUAGCAAAGGUUGGAUAUAACUAAUUGUGUUCAGGUAACAGAUUUCUGGUAAUGAAUAUUCCAGUAGCAGGACCUGCAUACUAAUUUAUUUUACUCUUGUAGGAAUUGUGUGCUUUACAGCAAGAACUGGAUGCUGUGAAUAUAAAAGAACAGUCUCUAGAUGCUGUAUGUAUGACAUUAAAUUCUUCUAUUCAAUUACAAAAUGGUUGAAAUUUGAGGGUGUUUAAAAUUUUGUUAAUAAGAAAACAAAAGCUGGCAUAAGUUGUUGGUUUUUUGUUUUUGCUGUACCAUUAAGAAAAUAUGGCCAAAAUCCCAUGAUAGCUUAUUGAUUUAUUUGGACACUGAUAUCAAUUAAUGCUUGUAAUAGAAGCCAUGGGCUUUGUUACUCAGUGGUUGUAGGCUUUUUAUUUUUAGUUCUCUACUCAGUUUUAUCCAGGAUGUAUAGUUUUGUUUUUAUCAAGUUUUAAAGGACAUUUUAUUGAAUACUAUUGUUCGUAUUUAUAUGGGGGUUUUUUUUGCAAACAGUAUUCAGGGAUAUAUAUUUCUUUAUAAACAAAUCAUAAAUAAAUUGUUACCUGGCAAUUUCAACACAUGAGCACUUUUGAUGUACAAAAAUUCUUAACAGAUCACUUACAUGACUUUAUUCACAAAUUUUUUCAUCACUUUAGUAAUGAAGUUUAUCUCUUCAGGAAAUAGCACACUCCCAGGUUAAACAGGAGGCUCUGCAACUGUAUGAAAAGCUUCAUGGCCUUGAGGAACAUCGGAAUCAAAUGAUGGCAGAGGACAAAAGUAUGGGCUCUCCACAGGAGGAGAGAGAGAGAUUGCUAAAACAGGUAUGUAGAGUGCUAAAACAGACAGAAAUGAAGAGAUUUUGCAAACAAAGGGCAGUUGAAGAGUGAAAACUGGGAGGUCAAGUAAGCACCUCUGUCCAAACCACCAACUAUUGAUAAUGACGCUAGUAACAGAACUGACAGACGUCAUUUAUUAUUAUUAAGUGGUCUCCAUUUUUAGCAUAACCGAGUAAUUUUAAAAAAAUCUUUAUUGCAUUUUUUAAAAUUCCAGAGAAAAUAAUAAAUUAAACAUCCGAAUAUACAGAAAGAAAAAUGAAAUUUUUUGCAGAGACCAACCAUCUUUAGUUUUCCAUUGUUAUUCAAGGAUUAUAUAUUUCUUUUUUUCUUUUUUUAAAGGUGAAGGAAGACAACCAAGAAAUAGCAAGCAUGGAGAGACAGUGAGUGCUGUUCCAUAUUGUUCUUUUAGACCCUGUUCUGAAUAUAAAUGCAAUUCUCUUAUCUAUUUUUCAGCUCAACUCAUAUAACCAGCUUGUAUAGUGCAGCUGCUUAUAGGCUAUAUAAAGGAACAGACCUUGUGUUUUUUGAAUGCCUCGCAAAACACUUCUAGUUACAACGUAUUUUGAACUGAGAUAUGAUCUAUUUGGGAUGACUUGAACUGUUACUAAAGUGCUAAAAGCAAGUAGUAUGUAAAGCCAGAGACUGUAUUUACUCAACUAAGUUUCCCCCCAUAUCUACCUGUUCAUCUCGUGGCAAUUUACCUCAUUCCAAGGGAAAUUUGGCAGAAAGGAGCUUAGGCAAGGUGGAAGAUUUCCAGGGUUCUUAAACAUGCAGAAAACCUCUGCAGGCAUAGAAGAGAAGUAGACCUCAUAUAGUCAUCCCCUUCAUGUGUUUUCUGUCCCUUGUUCAUAAUAGCUAAAGAUGGCUGUAAUCAGGCAUCCCCAAACUCGGCCCUCCAGAUGUUUUGAGACAACAAUUCCCAUCAUCCCUGACCACUGGUCCUGUUAGCUAGGGAUGAUGGGAGUUGUAGUCCCAAAACAUCUGGAGGGCCGAAUUUGGGGGUGCCUGGCUUUAAUGAGCAGUACAACUAAAACAAUUGUGCAUUCUUCUAUUAUAGCAAACAGUGAAAUCCUAUAUAUGUUUGCCCCAUUGAUUUCAGUGGGACUUACUCCCAGUAGGUGAAUUAGUAUAGGCUUGCAAUCCAAGUCAUUAUUAUAAUGCUGAUUAACCAGCAGGUGGACCCAUUUGUUAAGUUAAACAAGGCGAGAUCGCUCCUUUGGGAUAAUCAAGUUUCUGUUUAAAGUUAAAUACAUUGAGUCAGUCCUGGAAUGCUAAGAACCUACGAGAUGUUAGGGAAAGAAACUAAAAGAUGUUGGAGUUUUACAUUUGUUAACUUCACUCACCUUGCUAUUUCCCUUCCAGAAAAUGCCUGCUAAAUGCUGUACUUUUUCAGUUUUCAUCAUUUAGUUUUUGCAUGGUUUUAGGCUGACAGACAUAAAAGAAAAAAUCAACCAACUUAACGAAGGAAUACGGCAGCUUGACAUGGAUUUAGAGGAGCAGCAAGGUAAAACAGACAGGACCUAUUAACCUGGUUUUUUAAAAAACAUUAUUAAGGAGGGUAUUCAACUAAGUUUUACUUAUUUUCAAUAGGUCUACUCUAAAUAAACUUUAUUUCAUAAAAAAUUAUAUACUGUUUGAUAGUUUAAAAAGCCCUGAAAUCAAAAUGAUCAAAACAAUAAAAAUAUUAGUCAAAGCAGUUAAAACAUUCAGAAAAUUUAAACCAGCAAUAAACUAAAAGCACAUCAACAUUCUAGGUAUCUGGGUAAACUUGUCUGAACAAAAAUGUUUUUAGCAGGUGUCGAAAAUGGUACAAUGAAGGUGUCUGUCUGAUAUCAAUAGGCAAAGAGUUCCAAAACGUAGAUGCCAUCUUGUUUAGUUUUUCUUCCAUGUAGUAGAUCUGAUUCAGAAGUGAAUUUGUGAUUUCCCCAUUCAUUUAUGAUCUCUGGAUUGAGGGUACUGAAGAUCCACGCGCACAAAAAUCUGCUGUUGGCAGGAAGGUUUCUUCUUGUUUUGAAGGACCUCAGGGGGUGAGAAUAGUGAGCGAAGAUAACAUGAUGAAGUUUCUCCUAGUCAGGGCAAUGUGUGCUCUGUACCAGAAUAGGCAGUUCCUUUACUAAGUCCAGUCCAAAUUCUGUGAUACAAAUCAGUUUUGCAAAUGGAACAAGUAUGCACAUAUUUGCUUAUUUUGCAUAGUAUUGUUUCCAAGAAUGGCUGCUUACCCAGACUGGGGGUGGGUGGCAGUUGUGGCCUGUUGCCACCGGAGCAGCAGCCACUAGGUUGCCGGCUGUUAGAAAAUCCCCAGGCCAGCUCCUAGGCACCAUGGGAGUUCCCACCUCAUCACUGUCAUUUGACUUUGGCCAAUCCAGCUGAGCCUGUGGGGCAGGGCAUGCGGGAACAGACUGGACUGUUGCAGUCUUCACUCUGGCCUGCUACCACCCCAUAUAUAAGCAACGGUCCAGACUUCAGCGAGAACAGCAGUAUCCUGUUGGCGUAGAUGGGGUUAGCGUUUUCACUACAGAAUGCAAGGUUUAUGGAUGAUGAUGAUGAUGAUGAUGAUACCCCACCCAUCUGGCUGGGUUUCCCCAUCUACUCUGGGCAGCUUCCAGCAAAAUAUGAAGACAUAAUACAGGACCAUUUGCAGAAUGUGUAUAUAUGCACCUCUGAGUACGUGUAUAUUAUUGAGCCCUGGUAUCAUAUAUAAGAUCAUGAGAAAAAAUAUUUGAGAUGUAGACAAUUGUUAAUUUAGCCUGAAUAUAUCCAAAUGGGCUUAUUCCUAGUUCCUGCUAAUCACUAAUCUGUUAAGGAACUUAAAUAGUAUUGUUCUUUCUUAAUUGCAAACUUGGUACUCCCAUCACUGCUUAAUUUGGUCUCUCCGUUUUCAAAUAAUAGUAACAAUUUCUUCAUUUUGCUUUUGUCCUUUUUUCUUUGCAUAUUGCUUUUGCAUUAUUUUCUUGUAUCAUUUGGAUGACUAUAGACGGUAAGAAAUAGAUUGCUUUGGUGAUAGCUUAGCAAAAAUAGCACUCUCCGCUUUUACACGAGUCUGUUUUGUUUCUUGUGGCAAGAGUAAUAAAACAAAGAAGUAGAAAUAUUCUCUAGAUUUUUUAAAAUGAGUCCAGGAAUAUAUUCAUGGUCCUCUGAAAAGUGGGAUAGACUUUUUCAGGGCACUUCUGGUAAGUUUUCCUGUAUCAUGAAAGGGAGAGUCAGCCAGGAACAGGCUCACAGCUGCAAGGAAGUUCAAGGAAAAUCAUGAUCCCUUGGGGCCAGUUGCAUAUGUUUAUAAUUUGUAUAUGUUAGAUAUGAAGGAAAGCUGAAGGGAUGUCGAUACAAUACUAUUGGGGAGGAAAGAAGAUGUUGGAAUGCUUGACUCUAAAUGUAUCUAUAUUUAGCUUAUCCUUUCAAAUUUUUUGCUUAUGAAACACAAGACAUCCACUGGAAUAAUUUUUAUAUAUUUUAAAGACUGAAUUAACCCUAUUAAAAGACAAACAAAGUAUACAAGGUACCUCCUCUAUCUCAAGCACUGAAUAUUUGCUUUAAAUCAGAUUUCCAUACAUGGUUUUUGGUCAGCUCCUAAAUGUACAAGAUUCAUUGAAACAGGUCAAAGAACAAAAGGUAUAGGAAUGGAUCGCAUGCGGUACUAGUUGAAAGAUGCUUGCACAAAGGGUAUUUCCCAUACCAGCUACUCACUGCAGCCCCUGUGCCUCCCUAAAGCCUCUUGGGAUGUGAUAUGAGAGGUUGUAGUAAAAGGGAGAAAUGGAAAAUCAAACAGAGACAGUUUGGGCUGUGAGUUCCGCUGAGUUCAGUAGGGUUUAUCUCCAAGUAAAUGAGAAGAUUGCAGUCUUAAAUUAUUAACUGUUUAAUUUUAAAAUGGCAUUUUUGUAGGUGAGAAGAAUCUGAAAUACAAGGAGUUGAAGAAAAGAGAAGAAAGCAUGGACAGUAAGUAGACUCAAAUGUAUGUUGACUUGCAUUGUCAAAAUGAAGGCAUAUCUUAAUGCACAUUUCAUUUGCAUUAAUAGCUUUUGGUCACCUGGCAUGAUCGCUGUUCUUAAUUUAGCAACCUUAGCCCAUGACAUUUCCCCACAUAGCCACUGGCUUUGCAGCAGUGUAUAGAGCAGGCAUGGCCAAACUUGCCUCCAGCUGUUUUGGGACUACAACUCCCAUCAUCCCUAGCUAAGAGGACUUGUGGUCAGGGAUGUUGGGAACUGUAGUCCAAAAACAGCUGGAGGGCCAAGUUUGGCCAUGCCUGGUAUAGAGCAAUGAUUGAUUGCUAUUUCAGGCAUUCAAAGACAUUCCUCUUGGUUUGUAGGCUGCAUUCACUGUUUUUAAGAGCACAAUUAUUUGUGGGAAAUUGAAAAUAAAAUAUGUCUGGGUGUGUCGGAAAAUGCUGUAUCGAUACAUGAAAAAGAUUGUGAAGAUCAAAUAACAGCAGUUUUUAAGUUCCAUAUGGCCUUCUUAAGCUGCUUUUGUAUAAGGAUGCAUCUGUAGAUUUUGCUUUUGUCAGGAGACUAUCCUCAGAGGAGAACUAGAUAAGGAAGGCGCACCUUUACAGUGCUCAGUUGACUUAAAAGCUGCCUUCAGCAUGCAGGAACUCUGAUGUAGAUUUGGAGCUGACAUGCAUGCAUGAGUCAGAGCAGGGGUCAGCAACCUAAGGCCCAUGGGCCACAAUCGGCCGACGGGGGUCGUUUAACCGGCCCACGAGCCACCACCGAACCAAGCCUCCCACUCGCUGCGCUAAACCGGCGCGGGGACUCGCUUCCACAACGCAGGAAAUUGUGUCUGCGCAGACGCCAGAAAUUGCAGGUAUGCGCGUGAUCUGACCCACACAGGGAUCUCUGCUGGAGUGAACCAGCCUAAGCGAGGUAAACCUUGCCAAUUCCUGAGUCAGAGCUUCCCUCUUUGGACAAAUGUCCACUGCACCCACACAGCCACCUUCUCCACAUUGGAAAGUUUUGCUCCUGCAAGGGUGACAUACCGUAUUUUUCGCUCCAUAAGACGCACCAGACCAUAAGACGCACCUAGUUUAUGGAGGAGGAAAACAAGAAAAAAAAUAUUCUGAAUCCCAGAAGCCAGAACAGCAAGAGGGAUCUGGCUUCCGGGAUGGCCUCUUGCUGUCCUGGCUUAUGGGAUAGCUGCGCGCAGCUUCUCCCGGGCUGGGGGAUGAAGGCUCCCCCCUGCCCGGAAGUAGCUGCACGUGGCUAAGACAGAAGGCUCCCCUAAGAGCCAUGCUCCCUUUAAAGAGCGUGCAGAGCAUGUGUGUGGCUCUUGGGGGCUUUUCCCCAAGGAGGGAGAGGGGCAGCCCUUCUCCCUCCUCGGGGAAAAGCCCCCAAGAGCCGCACACACGCUCCAUGCGGCUCUUAAAGGGAGCGCUGAGCAGAGCCUCCCGCCUGCAUUCGCUCCAUAAGACGCACACACAUUUCCCCUUACUUUUUAGGAGGGGGAAAGUGCGUCUUAUAGAGCAAAAAAUACGGUAUAUGCACCGGAAGUAAACUAUGCAUCAUGUUAAUGGCAUAGUCUUAGAAUUCUGCAGGGCUCUGAUGGAGCGCUUCAGCAGUGGCACAAGAGGGGGACAGGCAGAGCGGCAGCACUGACCUUGUGGCAUUGGGACCACUGCAGUUCCCCCCGGGGCACAGCAUUGUCCUCCCGGCAUCAGCACUGUUUCAGCUUACUCGAGCCAGGGCAGUGACACGGUUGGAGGAGGUCCAGGCUGGCAGCAUUGAUGCCCGACAAGGAUACUUCUCUGCAAGCGUAAAACAUUUUCUGAUGCAUAGAAGAGAAUAAGAGGGCAGCUUUUUAUGUGGCUCUUCAUGUGAGCUUUGACUGUCCUGUCAUUGGUUGAUCACCACAUCGAUAUUAAAAGGUGAAUAAAAGGCUGCAAAAACCAGCUCACAUUCUAGAUAUUCCUUACAGAUAAAAUUUCUUGGUAAAGUUCCAUUUAAAUUGCUUUAAGAUGUUUGUUUAUAUAUAUUUUUAAUUGCUUUUAAAUUCAGAAUCCUUAUAGCUAUAAGUCACAUUUCAGGACUUUUCUGCUUUUCCUUUUAUAAGCAGCAGCCUCCCUUAUCUUGUUUUUCAAUCUUUAGACUUUCUUGAAUCUUUUGAAGAGGCAAAGAACCAGGAACUAGAACGGAAAACACAGAUAGAGGCCAGUAUUGUGGCAAUUUUAGAGCAUUCAAGCAGGGUGAGUGGCUUUGGCUCCAAUUAUAAGCUUGGAAGUAAGUUCCGUUGACUCUGCUGUGAUUUUCAUUUUACUUUUAUUGAUUUUUAUGUAAACAAAUCCAAAUGAAAGCAAACUAGAACCAAACAAAAUAACAACCAACUUAUUUUAGGCAUUUCACUGGGAACACUUACCCAAAAAGUACAUCAUGUCAAUCCAAGAGCAUUAAAUCACUUACUAUUUACCAUCUUUGCAAUGAUACCAAAGGAAAAGCAUAAUCUUCCUCACAGGUAAUCCUAUUUUCAAAGGAAAAGAGGAUCAACAAGUAAAAAAAAUUGGGUUGGUGUGUGGAGUCUGAUGGUGUUUUUCAUUUUAUUUGUGUGGAAUUCACUAGGAUUUUUCUGCUACGUAAAUGUGGCUAAGAUAACAUUUUUAAUCCUUUUUUCAUAAGAAUACACAUUUAUUCCUUACUUUAGAAUAAAGAUGAAAAGAUACUAAUCACAAUUAUUAGUACUUUCCAAAUAAUCUAAUUGUUUGGUGAUAAUUUAAUUAGUUGCUUUUAUUCUCCAGAAAGCAUAUCAAGUUGAAGCUUACAGGGGUUGCUUGACAUAUAAAAAGUUUACAAGUAUGGCAUUAACAUGUGAGGGGGGGGGAGAGAGAGAGAGACUGUAGCAUACUACCUUCCUGACCCCUCUUAUUCUUGGGGCCAGUGCAAAGAUAACACAGACUUCCUGUUAACUGCAGUUAACAAAUGAAUAGCUAGCUUUGGAAAUGUAUGCUCCCUAACCUCAUUUCAAUCUUUCCCUUCUGUCUUAUUUCAGACUCUGAAACCCAUUAGAAAUCAUUGUUUCGGAUCCUAGUUAAGAGAAUCCUGUUUAACCGUAACUUUGGUUAACUUUGAUACCAGCACGUCACUUAACUUGGUAUAGCAUGGGGGGGGGAAUCUGCUUCAGAAUGAAGAGGGGUUUGGUUCCCAAGGCUGGCUCCUGUUUUGUUUUUUGUUUUUAAUCCCAAUUUAGCGAGAGCCAUUGCAUCUUUUUCUUCCUACAAACUCCACCCUCCUUUACAAACAGAACCACUCUUGUUUCUUCUGCCGACACCUCAGUCUCUAAUUGCACUAAUAAACCUUUUAUGGCCACGAGAAGAAGCAAAACAUUUCAUAGUUUACUUCCAUCACAUAUGGCACUAAAACUAGGCAGACGUAGUUACUUAUGCUCUUUCUAGCUUAAAGUACAGUACAAACUGCACCUAGAAUCAUUCCCUGUUUAUAUAACCUCAUAUGUUCUUAUUUUGUAUCAAAUCCCGCCCCCCCCAAGUCAGACAAUUUAAGUCGAUAAAACUAUUAUUUUAACAUUAUUACACCUUUGGCUACAUUAACUAAGCUUGGUUCUCAUGUGGAUAUGUUCAUUGUUCUGUUGCCUUUUUAUUCUUUCAAGAAAAUGUCAUUGUAAUGGCUUUUAUGUGCAACUUGUAUGGGUUCAGCUUUUGUCACUCAAGGCUGCUUCAUGGAGGAACAAGCAUUUUCACUUUUUAAAUACUGCAUGCUACAGUAAAACAACUUAAUUUACACUGCUGGCUCCUGCUUAUAAAACCAGGAUCUGAUUGUCACAUUCACAGUUUGGAGUUGAGUUGCCCUGGCUUUGGAAAGCAAGGUAUUCCAUAGCAUGUAGAGGGAAAACAUUUACUGGGAGCAAAGACUAUCCUCACUUGAACUUCCCCAAAUUGCAUCGGCCUCUCGCCUUUUAUUCACCCUUGGCCCUGUUUCCCCAAUCAUAGGUGAGACAAUACAAUGGUCUGUAAAACUACAACAUUCUCCUUUUUAUAUAUGAACUCCAAACAGCUAAAAUGUUUUUCCUAAGGGGAUUUGCUGUAGCUGACUUCAGUAGUAUGGAAAAACACCAACCAUUCUCAUUGUUAAGCCACCAGUUGUAGCAGUGUAUUUGGGGUGUAUCAUCUUCCACUACUCUUCUUUAAUCACGCAGAAUGUAAAUCGCAUGAAGCAGAUAUCUUCUGUAACAAACCAAGAGCUGAAAAUCAUGCAGGAAGAUCUCACUUUCAAGUCAAGUGAAAUGCAGAAAUCACAGAGUACUGCGAAAAACCUGGGAACAGGUAUGGCAAGCGACGUGUACAUUGUAUUUAUUUACAAAUUUCUCUCCCACCUUCUAGUGCAAAAAAAUGGCCUUAAUGCAGCUUACAAGAAUAAAAACCAAUAAAGCAAAAUUCACUGCAGAAACCAAAACAUCGUAUCAGCAGAUAAAGAGAUAAUAUAAAACCAGCAGAUAAAAGUCAUUGAAUAUCUUGAAUACCAAUAAAAGUCCAAAUGAACAGGAUAGAUGUUGUCUUGCACCUAAAGGAUAAUGGAGUUGGUCCCAGGCAAGCUCUGGGGAGAGGAUUUUUUGCAUGUCCCUACAGAAAAAACCCUUUAUCAAAGAGCUAGCUGCCUGACUUCAGAAAGCAGUACUGCCCAGAGAAUGGCUGGUAGAGAUUAUAUUAAUUGACAGUAAGGUUAGGAUUUUUGAAAACUGGUUUUCAUCUAGUCUGACCUUUGGUCCAGCUACUUCAGUAUGAUGCUGACCAGCAUGGGCUCUUCAGAGUUUAAGACACGAAUCUUUCCCAGCCUAGGGAUGCUUGGGAUUGAACUUUGGGACAUUUAGCAUGCAGGAUGUGUGUUCUAUCACAGCUACAAUUCUUCCAAUUCUACUUUGGAGAAGACACUUUUAUAGAAAACAUGGCCCUAGGCUAAAACCAGCAAUGGUACUUCGUUUCUAAAUUCUGUUUAAAGCCAGUAAAAAUCUUGUAAUACUUUGAGUGAUGAUCAGCAAAUUUAGUCAUUUUUGUCUUUUUUAAAAAAAGAAUUUUAUGAGAUACAUGAUCUGUGUCAUAUGCAUGUGCUCAUAUUAGUGUACGAUUUAUAUUAAAAUACCCAGAUAUAAACACAUACAGCAACUACAGGAGACAAACUUCAUUUGACACACCCAAGAGUCCAGAUACUAUCCAAACUGAUUUGUUCAUGCUGAUAGAACUAUCUACUUAGCACUAUGUCGAAUAUAUCCCUUUAGAUGCAUUCCAGUCCCCUGCUUAUGUGCAUAGAAAACAAGAUUUGGUGCCUCCGUGCAAUUGAAAUUAUUCCCCAAAGCUCUAAAUCACGAAUGGACAGUUUUGACGACAACAAAAAAAGUUGAAAGAUAAUUGUUGCUAAACUAUUGUUUAUAUGUUUCUCUGCCCAUGAGGCCUGGCAAUUUGCUUUAUUCUUCUUUAACAUAAAGGAAGUUGGGAUCCUGAAUUCCGAUUUGAUUCUGUGCUCCGUGCAAAAGAGCCUUGUGGACCCAUGUAGUGCUGUAGAAAUGCACCUCGGGGCCACAACCUCACUCUUUGUAUAAAGAUAAUUGCACAGAGCCUUCUCCUUCCCUCCCCAAAGGAAACUCCUGUGAGUAAACACAUUUGCUGAUGGCAGCAUUUCCCAGUAACAUUUCCCUGGGUCAAAGCACAAAGCAGUUUUGUCUCAGAAUUUGCUACUGUGUACACAUUUGCUUGCUGAAGUCUGACUUAGUGGCAUAUCAGAAGGAACUGGACUGCAUCCUCUUCCUGUCUCUUCCCAGAGAGAAGGGUUGUUAUUUUUUUUCUUUCCUUUUUCCCUUUCCUUUUUUUUUUUCCUUCACUGUAGGAUGGCAGUUGGAUUGAAGAAAAUCCUUUACUUUCUCCAGAUUAUUUUACAGGGGAAGCCAACCUACAGCUAGUAAGGUCAUUGUUCCAUCUAGCUCUGUACUGUCUGCAGUAUCUCAUCAGGGGUUCAGGAAGGAAUUUUUUUGAGUCUUGCCUAGAAUGCAAGGGACUGAACCCAACACCUGCAUUCAAUGUAUGUGCUUUGCCACUGAGCCACAACCCAUCCCUUCUACAGCUCCUCCUUCUGUAGAAAGCAGGUCAUGUUUUAAAUGCAUGCACAAAGACAUAUGAAACUGUCAUAUACUCUCAGUCUGCCCACCCAAUACUGUCCAAGAUCUCAGGCAGAAGGUAUAUUAGACCCUUCCUAAGACCCUUAGAAGUGGAAGCACCAGGGUUGAACCAGAAACCUUGUUCGUGUAAAGCAUAGGCUCUUGCCACUGAACUAUGGGCCAUCCCUGUUGUAGCAGAGGCUAUGAGUCUCUGAGGAACACUUACCUGAGAUCAGAAUCCACAUACAAAGUCAGACAGUCCAGAUGUUAGGAAAUCCAGAUGAUCACAGAGCCAAGGGACAAGAUCACUGGCAGCAGUAAGGUAGAGGGCCAGGAACCACAGGCAUUAUUUCCAGCAUCUGACAACAACAACAACAACAAUUUAUUUAUGCAUACAUAACCCACCCAUCUGGCUGGGUUUCCCCAGCCACUCUGGGUAGCUUCCAACAAAAGUUUAAAAAUACAUUAAAACUUCAUUUAAAACUUCCCUAAACAGGGCUGCCUUCAGAUGUCUUCUAAACGUCAGAUAGUUGUCUAUUUCUUUGACAUCUGAUGGGAGGGCAUUCCACAGGGCGGGCGCCACUGCCAAGAAGUCCGUCAGCCUGGUUCCCUGUAACCUCACUUCUCGCAAUGAGGGAACUGCCAGAAGCCCUCAGAGCUGGACCUCAGCGUCCAGGCAGAAGGAUGAGGGUGGAUAUGCUCCUUAAGGUGUACUGCUGCUGAGAGCUCUGUUUAAGAAGCCUGGAGCAAGCUGGUUCUCAUCCGUGCCUUCAGCUCUGUGACCUUGAAGGCUGAACAGGUGUGUGUGGAGUCUUUUCACCUUCUCCCCCUUCAGGCUGCUGUUCAACAAGCAAAGCUGACUCCUGGCCCGUGACAAUCCAUAUAAAGAUAUUCUUCGGUACAUAUAUACUGCCUCUCCCUCAGUCAUUUGGGACUUCUCAGUUUAGGAAAAGGAAAAGUAAGAGGGGAUAUGAUAGAGGUGUAUAAGAUUAUCGAUUAUCGGUAGUGACCAUCCAGUGAGGAGGUUGUACAUAUGUUCUCUGUCUGGAUUCCUGUGUGUCAGUGCACAGCUGCAAAUAACAGCACUGGGUAUACAGCCAUUUGCCCUUAACAGUUCCUGGAUCAAUAUGAUUUCUUGAGCUUCUUCGCUCAUAAGAAAAAUUCACACGUUUCCCACCCUAAAACUGCACUUUGUUUCUUGCAUAUUGCAUCUGCCUUCAUCACACUCCAAUAAAUCUGUUCAAAGCAGUUAGGGAAUCAGAUACUAGCAAAUCUAUUUGGGGGUAAACUGUAUUCACUAGAGCACUCCUUUGAAGAGGUUGCAUGUAUCAAACAACUCAAAUACCUUGUAGGGAAAACAAUAGAAUUAAAAAAAACAGCCAGUGAAAAUAAUAAACAACCCUAUUCCAAUCAUGUACCCGUAGUUUCUAAAAUCUUAUUACAGUGGUACCUCGGGUUAAGAACAACAUUCAUUCCGGAGGUCUGUUCUUAACCUGAAACUGUUCUUAACCUGAGGUACCACUUUAGCUAAUGGGGCCUCCCGCUGCUGCUGCACCUCCGCCGUGCAAUUUCUGUUCUCAUCCUGAAGCAAAGUUCUUAACCCGAGGUACUAUUUCUGGGUUAGCGGAGUCUGUAAUCUGAAGCGUCUGUAAACUGAAGCAUCUGUAACCCAGGGUACCACUGUACCCACUUCUGGGCCUAUUUUUAAAACAACAUUUUUUAAAAAUAAAAAAGCCUGUAAUACAUUUUCAUCAUUCCCUGCCACUUUCAGAUAUUAGUUCAUCACAAAUAUAUCUGAGCUAUACCUAAGAAGUCAACUUCCUAAAGAGCAAGUGAUGGCACCCCAGGGAGAUACUAAGUGCAGUUGUAAUAGCAACUUAGCACGAUAGCCACUAUUGCCGGCAACAAGCAGUUCAAAUAAAAGGGGACCGUGAUUUUUGUUUGUUCAGCUUUUCCUGAAUGCUUAGGGCUGGUAACAAAAAUCACAAUGCCUAAUAUAAGGCACCAAAUGCCCCUAAAGAAAUUCCUUGGGCCAUAUUUUAUUUUUAUUUUAUUUUUUGCUUAAAUCUGGAUUAAGCUCUUAUACAAAAAUUACUCAAGGAGAAGAACUGCUUGUCACUACCUCUCUAUGCAAUUUUUCAAUCCAACACAUGGUGGAGAGGUUAGAAUCAUGCUGCCAUGCACCUCUGUUUUACAGCAUGCUCACCUGAUAACUGCACAUUAAGCACCAUAGGUGCAUAAAGGCAUAUACGUAAAACCUAAUUAUUAUUUAUUUGUUUGUUUGUUUGUUUGUUUGUUUGUUUAUUAUUUAUACCCCGCCCAUCUGGCUGAGUUUCCCCGGCCACUCUGGGCGGCUCCCAAUCAAGUGUUAAAAACAAUACAGCAUUAAAUAUUAAAAACUUCCCUAAACAGGGCUGCCUUCAGAUGUCUUUUAAAGAGAAGAUAGCUGCUUAUUUCCUUCACAUCUGAAGGGAGGGCGUUCCACAGGGCAGGCGCCACUACUCAGAAGGCCCUCUGUCUGGUUCCCUGUAACCUCACUUCUCGCAAUGAGGGAACUGCCAGAAGGCCCUCAGCGCUGGAUCUCAGUGUCCGGACUGAACGAUGGGAGUGGAGAUGCUCCUUCAGGUAUACUGGGCCGAGGCCGUUUAGGGCUUUAAAGGUCAGCACCAACACUUUGAAUUGUGCUCAGAAAUGUACUGGGAGCCAAUGCAGAUCUCUCAGGACCAGUGUUAUGUGGUCCUGGCGGCCAGUCCCAGUCACCAGUCUAGCUGCUGCAUUCUGGAUUAAUUGCAGUUUCCAGGUCACCUUCAAAGGUAGCCCCACGUAGAGCGCAUUGCAGUGUGACAUGUACACAGUUUUUCAGGCCUAGACACACCAGACUAUGCCUCUAGGCCCCUUUGCAAACGCAGCCUUCAGCGUGGAGGAAAUAAGAGGCCACACAUAAGGACCCAGUUAAUGUUCUGGAACCAUUUGAUCAGUCAAGAGUUUUCAGGGCUGGGCAAGUGUGAUCUAUAACAUGAGUGGGAAAACCACUGGGAGCUCCCAUCUAAGAGCUGGACGUAAGGGUAAUAAAUAUGCCAUCCAAAUUGCAGAUAUCAAAUAGACUCAAAGGCAGAGAGGGUCAGCAUGACCUCAGUCUGUUACUAGACAAUAAAACAAAAAUAUGCAUGUUGAGAUUGACCAUGUUUAUUUUAGCACAUGCUUCAUCUUAAGAUACUAUUGAUGUGCUCGCCCCUACCCCAAAUUAUCAACAGAACCGUUGAGGGUGCUGUAUAUUAUACCAGUCAAAACGAUCCUUAGGAGCAGGUCACCUAGAGACUUUACAACACUUUUCAUAGUUUAAAACUAAAAAGGGCAGCAGGAUCUUUUUGCAUAGUUUUAUGGACAAAUGUAAGCUAAGAACAACAAUGCUAAUUCCUCUUUGCCAGUUUUUGUUGCAAAUAUGUCAACACUAGUCUUAGCGAUACCACUACUUCAUCACAUAAUGGAUAUUUGUAUGUAAAACUUAAGGAUGUACUUAAGAGCUUUCCUGGACUAAGGCCAAGGUGAGCAAGGCAGGCAGGAGUCAGUUGUCUCCUUGAAUAAGUAAAUGUACGAUUCACUUCUCUCUGUGCUAGAAAAUAAUCUCCAUUGUAUGUCAGUAAUGCUUCUUGGCUCUUUCUGUUUCAGACAGCCAACGUCUGCGGAUGGACCUCCAGAAAAUGGGCCUGCUGGAAGGCAAGAUGGUUGAUGAACUGACUUCUCUCAAAGAAAAAAUAGAGCAAAUGACCAAAGACCUGGAACUUUACAACAAUCUGCCAGCUCUGAAAACAGCAGGAGAAGAAAAGAAAAAGGUAGUUAACAGGCAAAACAUAUUAAUAAUACUUGCUUGAGACCAAGUUAUUGAAAUAUUCCAGCUGCAUCUUGUUAAAUGUUCUGUCUUGGUGUCCUUUACAUACUCGUACACUGAGGCAUGGUGGAGCUGCUUCCCAAAGGUGUUAACAGCUUGUGGCUACUCACAUGAUCCAUCCCCCAGUCAGGUAGUUAUGGUAGCUGCAUACCUGCCACAUCUGCAUGGAAGAGUGUCGUGUGGACCAGUAGCUCCUGUGUGGCUUCUCAUUUCUCAUCAAAACUGAGUAAAAAAAUGCUUUGCUUUGCUUUUUUCUUUUAUUAGAGAAAAUAAAUGGCACCACUGUUUUAGAUCUAAAACUGAACAUAAAUUAAAACACAUCAUAGAAUCUUAGAGUUGGAAGGGACCCCAAGGGCAUCCAGUCCAACCCCCUGCAAUGCAGGAAUCUCAGCUAAAGCAUCCAUAACAGAUGGCCACCCACCCUCUGCUUAAAAACCUCCAAGGAAGGAGAGUCCACAGCCUCCCAAGGGAGACCAUUCCACUGCCAAGCAGCUCUUGCUAUCAGAAAGUUCUUCCUGAUGUUUAGUCGGAAUCUCCUUCCUUGUAACUUGAGGCCACGGGUUCGAGUCCUACUCUCCAGAGCACGAGAAAACAAGCUUGCUCCAUCUUCCAUGGGACAGACCUUGAGAUAAGUAACACGUAACAUUUCCUGUGCAACUACAAAGAUUCAGAGGCACUUGAGUUGAGUUAAUUUGGCAUCCUUCUGCCUCGGGAGACAGUGGAAGAGAGCACCUUCAGGGGUAAGGUCAAACCAUUUGGAGCGUUGUACUGCUGUUACAGUAGAGACUAAUAUGGGAGAAACGUGUUUGGGGGCAGAUGAGGGCAUCCAGUUUUGCUGCUACAGGUGCGCCAGGGCAUUUAUUCUCUCUGCAUUACUCCCAGUAGUCAUUCCUCCUCUGAUCUUUCUGUGGCUACACAAUCUGCCAGUCUCCAGGCACUGCGAUCAUCUGCAAGCAAUUCCCAUAUGGCGGGGAAUCGUUUGUUAGCCUUAAUGUCACAUUUGCAGGGAUCUUUGUCUCUGAGUAUCAGUUGCUGGGAAAAACGAGCAGAAGAGUACUAUGGUGCUAAUGUCUUGCUUGUGAGCUUCCCGUUAGCUUGAGGUUUUCUACUGUGAGAAAAAGAAUGCUGGACUAGAUAGGCCUUUGGGCUGACCCAGCAGGGCUCUACAUAUGUUAUUGGGCUUAGCAUUUAUUUUAGUUCUUCGUUAUCUGCAGAAAGUGCUUUAUUAUCUGCAUGCCUUCUAUUGUCUUGAACAAAAGCUUUCAAGGGAAAGGUAUAAGAAAGUAGCCAGAGUACAAUAUUAUGCACAGAAAGAGGAAGUGUUUCACAGUUCAAAAAAAAGAAAGUGUAUUAAAGAGCGAUGGAGAACCUGUGGCUCUGGUCGAUGUAAGGUAACAACUUCCAUUAGCCUCAGCCAGCAUGGCAAAUAGUCAGGAAUGGUAAGAGUUGUAAACUAAGAACUUUGGGUAGCCAAAUGGUUUCUUAUCAGUGAUGUACAAGCCAUGGGUUUACAUUCCUAACGAAAUAGAAAGCCUUUGUGUUCUCAGACAUAUCUUCUAUUUUUUUCAUUUCUGAAAGAUUAGCCAACUUGCAAACCAGUCACUACAGUCAACAUAACACAGUCAAACAAAUCAGUCCAUGCAUCUUUCACACAUGAACCGACCACACACUUUUUCCAUGCCGUCUGUCGUAUACACGAUUAUAUGCUUUCAUGGGAAUGAGUGCCAGAUGCUUAGAUUCAAGCAUAAAUGCUUCCUCCCUCUCUGAAUUUUAGAAAUAAGCUAGAGCACUUUUAAGAUGAGUGCUUUUUAAUGUUCCAUUUUUUAUUAUUUCCUUACUCUUAAGAAACUGCAAGAAGAGAAAGAAACACUAACGAAGCGCAGGAAUGCUUUCAAGAAAACUAUGGAGCAUCUGAAUAGAGAAUAUGAAAGCUUGAAGUUGCAGCUGCAGGAGAACGAGACACAUUCACAGGUACAGUUGAAAAUGCCUAUUGCCUUUUGGUGUUGCCUUUUCUCCACCUUUUUGGAGUUUUGAAACUUUUGUAUAAUAUGUCUAUGCAUACAUAAAUUGCUUUUUUACAGCCUCUUUAAAUAACUUCAAAAUCUUUAAAAUGUGGAAAGACGUAAUAUCUCUUUCCAAGAAUUGCUGCUUGCGGCAGGACUAAAUUUGAAAAAAGAAACACAGAACUCUUCCAGUUAUAAACUAAAGAGCAAUAAUAUUGAUAUUACAGUAGAUACAUAAAAUGAUAUUAGAGUAAUUGAGAUGAUUUUGGAGAAACUAGUCCAUACUGGAGAAAAAAGUGUGAAUGUGAAUAUGUACCAACCAUGCCAAAUCUCAGGCAAGUCUAAUAUUUCUAUAAUUCUCUGACAUUUGUGCUGUUUCACUCCUGCCAUUCUAUUAAUGUCCCUGAGAUUUUAUUGUUGUGGAAAAUGACAGGUUUGCUGGGGGAAAUUGACAGGUUUGCUGGGGGAAAUUGAGAGCAGGGGUAACAUGGGGGAAAGAGAUAACUCUCCCUCUUCCAUAUCAGUUUUGAAUUUGGCAGAAUUAAGAAUAUUCAGCUCCCAAAUAGUUGUGUUUUCUUUUUGCACAUUCAUGGUUGAACAGUUGAGAGUCAGUGAUGCAAUAUAUAUAUAAUAAGUAGGACCUGCAACAACUUUUUUGCACUGUGAAAUGUUCCCUGUUUAGGAUUCCAUCCACUUCAUCCCAUUCUUCCCUAACACCAACACCUCCAACCAGCUUUUCCUCCCAGAGUUACUUUUGCAAACCUCGGGUUUCCUCUGAUCCUGCUGAUAACUCCCUUUUUUACAUGAGUGUUAACUACUUUGGCUACAUAAACAACCACACUCAGAGACUGACGACGGGAAAGUAGAGGGAACGGAAACCAAAUGGGAUUUCACGAUACAAUUUGUUAAUUUGAAAGGCUCAGCUGUAUUUAUGCUGAGUGUGGCACACAAGUCACCCUGUAAAAUGUAUUGAAGCUUUUCUUUGUCACCUGUUGUAUCCCAAAAUCUACUAGCCAUCAGAGGCUCAAUAAAGUGCAUUGAGCUCUUUUUCUGAGCAGAAAUUGUGAUGGGCAAUUGCUGGUUUGGAAGGUGUACCAAAUAGCACUACACUCACAUACUAAAUGUUAGCUUCCACACAGCUAUUCUGAAAUAUUCAUUGCAAAUAGCUUGCAUGUCUUGAUGGCACAAACUUUGAACAGUAGCACCAGCCAAGCAAAUCAAUGCUCUACAAAUUGCAUUGUUAGGAAGCAGCCAUCAAUAUAAUAGCCAUAUUGCCUUCCUGUUGAUGCUUAAAGUGGUGUUGGAGUCCCAACAUUUAGCCUGCAGUCUUACAAUCUUCUCAACGCAGUCCUGCUCUUAUCAUAGCUUUUGGCAUCAGACAGGAAAUUUAGCUAUGGAAAUGAGGAAGUUUCUUCUGUGCAGUUCAGGGCCCAAUAUAGUUUCAAGAUACGUUGCAUGAUAAGCUUUACAUAGUCUGAAAACAGUUGUUAACCAAAAUGAAACGCAGAUAAUGAGAGUUCAGUGUCAUGCAUAAAUCAAAGUCUCCACACUGUAAUUAAAGACAAUAUUCUCAUGGCUUGCAAGGAUUGCAAACUAUCUUUUUGAUGCAGUGUAAUUACAAACUGCAUGUCCUUUGCUGGAAUCCUUAUCAGUUCUUGUAAUUUCUCUACAGCUCUGCUUAAGCAUAUGAAAAUCGGUGAGACUUAACUGAUUUAGUAAGGCUACUGACAUAGACAUACUUACUAGAGAGUAAGCCCUAGUGAACGUAGUGGGAUUUCUAAAUAGCUAUAUAUAGGUUUGUGCAUGUUAUCUGAAUUGUUCUUGAUCUUAUUUAUUUGGUAGAAUGGCAGAAUAUACAUUUAAUAAUCAUUAAAUUAAAUUAAGGGGGGUUAGUUGUUAUGCAAGUGACUAUUUUUUGCUAUCAUUUUUUUUCAUUUUGUAAUUGCAGCUUACGAAUUUGGAAAGGAAAUGGCAACACCAUGAACAAAAUAACUUUGUCAUGAAAGAAUGUAUCCUUUUUAAAAAAGAGAGAGAAGAUGCUGAAAAUAAUCAUGGUAAAUCAGAACAUAAGCAGGUGCUUAAGUCUCUUAAAUCAGUUGGGCUUGCUUAACAUUUUCUGAAUCAUGCCCAUUCUCAGCAUUUUACUCUGAAAGCGUGAGGUACAACGACUUAUUCCACAUGCUACAGAUGACCAUCAUAUGUCUUAACGUUUACAUAUAUAGAUAAUUAUAUCCAAAGAAAGGGACUGUUUUAUUUGUUCAACAGGAGACAAUGGUUAUGAAGAGACUUUUGCCAGGAAAUUAUGGAUGAUAUCCAACCUUAGUCAUAAUCUGAGUAGAUACAUUAAGUUGUUUAAGUCAACUGAUUUAAAUGGGUUUACUCUGAGUAUGACUAAUGUUAGCUCUCACCCAGUAUCUCUUCCGUUAUAGUUUAUCUGAGGCAUUUGACAACCUUAAAGCAGUUUGGUUUGCUGAGAUAUCAUGGGGGGGGGGGGUGGAAUUGCCUUUCUUCUGUACACUCAGAGCCCACACAGAUGACCAAACUGCUUUUCUCACUCACGAUCAUCUGUAUCAUCCUGCAAAAUCUCAAUGUGAAUGGUGCAAAUGUAUAGUAAAAUAGCUGUUUUUCCAGGUAGGAACUAUUGUACAUGGAGAUUUUAAUACCUAUAACUUACGACACAAUCCACCUAACAAACUGAAAUCAUGCACAAGGGCUUCCACUUGCACAAUGGGGUUUCCCCCUUUCUGCCCCCCCCCCCAAUUUUGCUUUGGGGGUUGCAAGGACCCCCAGAAUAGCAGGGGGGGUCAUUCUGUCUGGCAAGCAGAUAUGCUUGUGCAGACCAAAUGUUUAUUUUAGCGUGACAUUGAAUUCUACCCUCUGAUGCACGUUGGAGAAUUUUCCUUAUCUUUUUAUCAUCAGUUAUAGCAACGAAAAGUCAGGAAAGUGAUUACCGGCCUAUAAUGAAGAAUGUGACAAAGCAGAUUGCAGAAUAUAACAAAACUCUCAUCGAAGCUUUACAGAGCAGCAGGACCUGAGCUUAGGCACUUCCUUCACAUGUCCGUGGACCAAUGAGAAUUAUUAUUUAUAGUGCUACACACUUCCCCAUUGCACAACAGCAAUAUCUAUGUGCAUUUUUCAUUCUGGCUAGUUAACAACAACCAGGAAUUUGUUUCUUUAAAAUUAACUUCACUGGAUUUAGUCCUCUAUUCUCUGCCAAUGGUUUAUUGGAAACAAUGUAAUUUACAUCAUUUUGGCCUUACUAAGUUAAGAAAAUAAUUCUAUCCAUCUUAUUUUAAGAAUUUUUAAUAAGGGGAGAGGGGUGAAUUGUAGGUAUAAAAUCAGAUAUGUAGCAAUAAAUAAUUUAAAAAACUCAUGAGGGAAUUAUCCAGCAUUAUUUUCAAGAGAAUAUUAUUUCAUAGGGAUAACAUGCCAUAGGAUACAAGUUCUCAUGCCUCAAAAUUCAAGAAAAUGGGUUUUGGCUCGACUGUGAACAUAAAAUUGUUUCUAAAUUUAUGCAUGCGU